GGAGCAUGUGGAGUCACCUGAAGCAGCAGGAAACAGGUGAAUGCGGAACACGUCAGGAGAAUCACACACAAUACAGUGAUCAUCAGCUGAGGAGUACAGUAUGCCGUGUUCAACAUGUCAGCGUGGUGUACAGAUGACAGAAGAGUUGCUCCACUGAAAGCGUCACGACAGACACCAGCAGCAGCAUGCAGUCCAGGUGCAGCGGACCCAACCUCUCCGACCUGCACAUAAAGGUCGACUUCUUCCGCAAGCUGGGUUACUCUCCACUGGAGGUGAAGGCCGCCCUGAGGAAGCUUGGCCUGGGGACGGACACUAAUGCGGUGUUGGGAGAGCUGGUUCGCUCCGGGGCGAAGGCCGUGCCCCCCUCCAGCUCUGAUAGUGAUGGGAGUGUACCCGCUCGUGGAGGAGGACAGUGCUUCUCUACACCGGACGACACCGCUGAAGCGGACAGUGAUCUAAAGCCUGUAGUUGUUGAUGGCAGCAAUGUGGCCAUGAGUCAUGGGAGCAAGGAAGUGUUCUCAUGCCGAGGGAUCCAGCUAGCCGUCAACUACUUCCUUGAGCGAGGACACAGGAACAUCACGGUGUUCGUGCCGUUGUGGAGGAAAGAACAGUCCAGGCCCGAUGUGCCCAUUUCAGAUCAACACAUUUUAAAAGAGCUGGAGAGGAAGAAGAUUGUUGUGUUCACGCCUUCACGGAGGAUCGGAGGAAAGCGGAUGGUGUGCUACGAUGAUCGUUUUAUUGUCAAGCUAGCUUACGACCUGGACGGUAUCAUAGUGUCCAACGACACAUAUCGGGAUCUGCAGAGUGAACGUCCGGAGUGGAAGCGUUUCAUUGAGGAGAGAUUGCUCAUGUACUCCUUUGUCAAUGACAAGUUCAUGCCACCAGACGACCCUCUCGGCCGCCACGGGCCCAACUUAGAUCAUUUUCUUCGGAAAAGAAUGACCGUAUCAGACCAGAAGCGUCAACUCUGUCCAUAUGGUAAAAAGUGCACAUAUGGAAUCAAGUGUAAGUUCUACCACCCAGAGCGCACUAACCAGUCCCAGCGCUCGCUUGCCGACGAGCUUCGAGAAAACGCCAGGCUGGCCGGAUCUAAAGAGGACAGGAGAGGAACCGGGUCACUCGGAGACAGGCAAAAAAGAUUCCCUGACCCUGGCUUUGGCUCCUGCUCUCCAUCUUUGGAGCAAGAGUUGGAAGAGAAGCUCAGUCUGAAGUCGGAGAGUUCCCGUCAGAGAAACCACGCGCUCCAUUCCUGGGACGACAUUUUCUCCACACCGCCGACCGGCGCUCCAUUCCCAACAAACCCUUCAUCCGUGAUUAGUUCAGACUCUGGGCUUGGCUCCUGUGAAAGCCAGUUUUCAUGUCACAGUCACGAGGACCUGCCAAAGAUGAGACCCAAUCAUCCGUCCAUAUCCGGUGACCCGGCCAGACCUGCAGGUCACCCGCCCUACGGCGACAGCAGGGGAUCCUAUUCCUGCUAUCCGCCCAACUUCAGUCCCCACAGCUCUCUCCAGCAUUGCAGUCUCCCUGCUUGUCUUCAGCAGAACGGCUGGCCGUACCCUUUCUACACACAACAGAUGCACGCCAGCAGCCUACCAGAACCCCUCCCCUGCCACAGCUUCCAGAGGUCUCCUGACCGCCACAGAGGCCAGCAGCACUCCAGCACGUCCCAGGAAGAACGAGAGGAGGUCAGGUGGAAGCUUUAUGCUAUUUUUAACCCACAUCAUGUGGACAAAGCUAUGGACAUGUUCCCACAGCUAAAGGACGCGCAGCAGAUGGCUGCGGAGGUUCUCAAACUCAAGUCCAAAGGGGAGUUCUUCUGAGUCCUCGAGACGUUGAGAGAGCCGAUCUUCUGGAGUAUCACACUGUGCUGUCAUGGUUUGACGAGAGGCUCUUUAAAGACUUAUCACAUAGUACAUGUGGUAACUGUGUAUGACUAGAAAGUCAAACCUUUCUCUCUCUAUAAAUAGAUGUCGUCUUAUUUUAAAGGUUGAUGCACAUUGCAUCAAUUGUUGCUCGUAACUUGUAGCAAUCGGUACGUAAGCCUCUUAAUGUGGUGUUGACAGAAACAGAAAUAUAUUUUCAGCAGUUAAUGUGUAGUUUUAUGUCAUGACUCUAAUGGCAGUGAAUAGAAAUAGUCCUGCUUUGUUAAUUAUGGGAUUACUGAGCGUGAUCAGAGAAAGACAGCGCUGGAUGUGGCUCACCUGUAAUAUCGUCGCUGUACUUCCUGGUUUCAUUGUUGAACGCUGGGAAUCCCCCGCUGCAGAUUUGGAUCAGCGUGCAUUGUGAAGUAUUGCCAUUUCCUUGUUUUGAUUUAGGGACUCGUGCAAGGGAAGCAAUGCCCUUCAGAUGGCUUUGUUUUAGCAUUUAAUGUCGUUUUGGAUGUUCUUUGUGUGACGGUUUCAGUAAUCACAAAAUAACGCACGUGACAAAGCUUUUCAGCUGCACAAACUAGACGUCAGUAUUCCAGCCUCCACUGUAGCGACAGGUGACCACAUAAUUUGCACUAUUAAUCAUUUGCCAAAAAGAGCCUUAAUGUUAUAAAUGUAACAAGCAUCAUUUGAAACCGCUAACACUUUAACGUCAUGUCAUUAUUUGAAGAGUUGUUGUCAUGAUGUACAAUCUUCUGUUGUUGUUGUUGUUGCCUCCCUGUUUUCAGAGCCGACAUGUGCAGUGGGUUUCAUGUAUAUUAUACUUUCCUGUGUUUGGCUGACACCUGUGUUAAUGUGAACUACUUCUAACACACACUCGGUGGCUAUAAGCCUUUGGUUUCUGUUGUCUCUUCUGCAUAGACACAACAGAGGACUAGUGAUGAAAUAUAUUUGCAAAGAUGUUUUAUGCUUGUCCAGUGCUGUUCAUGGGAUCUGUGUUUGACAUUAUUCCGCCAGUGCCUAAGGAUCUUUAAUGUGAACAAAUGAGAAGUUCUCAGUUUUAUAUUGGCAAACUCAAUGGAAAAAUGUAUGAACAGUAAUGAAAAUAAAUAAAAUGAUAAGUG